AUGGAAGAGGAAACAAAGUCGCGAUGGUGCUGUGACACCCAGCACGGCAGCAUCAUCCUGAUCCCCCGCGAAGGCGACCAGCUUGUGCGCUUCUACGUCGAGCUGCCCCCUUCUGCCACACAACCUUUGGAUCUCGAGCACCUGACGCAGCGAGUCUCCCAAGUUUUCCAGCCGUACCAGAUGCAAAUCGUCGACACGGCCUGGUGGUCCACGUAUUCCAUCGGCCAGCGCCUCGCCGACCACUUCCACGACAGCAUGCGCGUCUUCCUGACCGGCGAUGCCUGCCACACGCACUCGCCCAAGGCGGGCCAGGGCAUGAACGUCAGCCUUCAGGAUGGGUACAAUAUCGGCUGGAAGCUGGGACAAGUGUUGACUGGCCGCGCGCCGGAGAGCCUACUUGAGACGUAUAUCCUGGAGAGGAAGGAUACGGCGACUAAGCUGAUUGAGUUUGAUCGAGGCUUUGCCAAGCUUGUAUCGUCUUCGUCUUCGUCUACCUCGCACGAAGAUCAAGUAGCUACCAAUGGGGACCAGAAGACCACGACCACGCCAGCUGAGCGCUUUCGGGAGCAGUUCUUGGCUGCCGGCCGCUACACUGCUGGGCUGGCUACGAGAUAUCCUGCCUCGUGCAUCACGCGCUCACGAGCACCAGGAUCGGUAGGGUUUGUAUGCGAUGAGGCCAAGGGCAUCACCAUCGGCAUGCGUUUUCCGUGCGCCGCUGUCCUGCGCCUCUCCGAUGGCAAACCCAUGCAACUGAGCCAAGCACUGCCUUCUGAUGGGCGCUGGCACGUGGUGGUGUUUUCUCGACGGGAUAUUUGGCCCCACGGCUUACACGUGAUCGCUGCUAAACUUGCUACCGCUUUCCAGGGCUACGAGCCAGCCGGCUCCGACGAGGACUCGUUUAUCAAUACUGUGUUGGUCCUCUCGAAAAUGCCUGCAGCACAUUCUGCGCCGCUAAAUCUGCCGGCACUUUUUUGCCCUCUUCAAGGCAAGCUGAAGUUAAAAAGUCACACCAAGGUAUUCGUAGAUGCGGAGAACCGCCACGCAGCUGGCUGGGGACACGCUUUCGACUUGUAUGGCAUUGCGGCAACCAGCAGCAUUAUUGUCAUUGUUCGACCAGACUUGUACGUCGCUGAAGUUUGCGACUUGAACGACUCUGCUCGCGUGGUGGACUUUUUCGGGGGGUGCCUGCUUCCAGCAACAAAAUAG